AUGAAAAUUCUGCCACUGUUAGUAGAUGAUGCCAUGAUGGAUGACAAACUGAAUUCUGCAGAUGUAAAUGAACAAGUGGAUGAUGAGAGUGUUGACACGCUACAGCUCCAUGAGUCCAAACCCAGAGAUUUACAGGCACACAUUAAAGCUGACAGCGUCUCUACAGAAAACCCUGUUGAAUCCAACUUGCAUGAUAACCCAAAAGGUGGACAGCCCAGGGCGGUGUCCAUCUGUAGCCCCAGCUUAGUAGAGAAGGAGCAGCCAAAGCCUCUAUGUGCCCUGCUGCCACCCUCCAUGGAGGCCUGCUCUGUAUAUGAGGUGGAUCGGGCGUUCAAAUCGAUGAAGAGUCAAGAAAGUCUGAAGACCAAAAGUGUCCACACGGAGCCAGACGAAGAGGACCUCUGUGCUGCAAUCCUCCUGGGGUGUCUCUUCUGCCACCCACUGGACUGUCUGUUGGCCACCGUGAGAGGGUGCAGCGAGUGUGUCUGGUCGCUGUGCUCAUAUCUGUGUGGCUGCGGGCCCGACACCCUGCAGCCUCUCCUGGACAUCACCCACCACUGCAACCUCUGCAGCUGCCUGGGGGAUCGCCGUUUCCUCUGCGACUGCCCAAUCUCUGACAUCUGCGUUCAGGCAACUGAGUGCCUGGACCUCUCGAUGGAAAUCUCUCAAAUGCUCUACCACUGACAACGUCCGAGAAGAAAUGACCAUAUCCAGACGUGGACUAAUGGAAAUCAUUUAUUUGUUAAAAUCCUCUGAAAGCCAACAUGUAGGGACAAGACACUAAUGUUACGUUUAUGGUUAACAGUCCAUGUUAGCACUCAAACAUACGUCAGGGUAAGACAAGAUAAUAUUGUGGAGAGUGACUAGGUAUGAGUGGAAAUAGCUGACGAUAGAUACUUGACCUUAUGGGACUGGGAACGACAUAAUUAGCGUAACAGAGCAAUUCCUUAAAACCCCUCUAAACGCCAAUCGAUGUCACUCAGUACCACGAUCUAAAGUAUUAUGAUUCCUAAUGUGAUCUGGUUUUUUAGCACAGCUCAAAGAAUACUUAAAAAUGUUACUGUGUCAUUAACUUGGAGGUUGGUGCUGGAAAUAAAAUUACAGUACAGCAGUGUUAAAAACUGAACCAACAACUAUGCAGGUACUUUCUCAUAACACGUUGAAUAACUGCACAUAAAGUUUUCUUAAAGCAUCUGACAAAUUAAAUGCCUUUCUUAAGUUUGUGGCAAUUGUAUAGAAUAAUAAUUGCAUUGCAGGUUUUGACACAACAAACAGUUAUACCUUAUUGUUACAUCACUGAGACUAGUGGUUGGUUUAAAAGGUUAACGCCACCUCUGAAAUCAUACUACAGUGAUCAAAUAACAAAUAUAUCAAUUUUGAUCUUAAAAAAAAAAAAAAGCCACAAUCUUGGUUGAACAUGCGAACAAGUUAAAAUCAUUUGGUGAUCAUCGAGGUUAAUUGAGACAAACUAUUACUGACAACACAGAUAUUAGUCAGGAGAAACUUCUGAUCAAACUAUUAUUCAGGUAUCAAAAAAACAUGUAAUGAGCUACAGUACUAUUGUAAAAGAUACAAUUGUCCUGCACUGUCUUGCAUUUCCACUGACUGAGUGGAUAUAUGUAAAAAAUAAAACGCUGAAAUGUAAUCCGUAGCUACUCUGGAAGAAGUCCUGCUUUGGCUAACUAGCUGCAGCAGCAAGUGAUUCUCCACUGCUCUAAAGGUUUAGUAGAGAUACAUGCGACCUGGGCAUCAGUUGUCCACUGUAUGUAAAAGGAAUACAAACAGACCAAAAGCUCUCAUAAAAUGCAUAGACUGCCAUACAAUAAGGUGCAAUAAAAUUGCUCAAAAUAAAAUAUUCUUAUAUACAAUAUGCCGUAAAUAUUUCACAUGUGCCAAUCCAUUUUACAAAUCCCUUCUGAAGCUGCUGGUGAAACAACCCAACAUAGAUGAGUGUGCGACUGCUAUUAACAAACCCUGAUUCCAGUCAGUUAAAAAAUAAAAAUAAAAACAUAUAUUGUGUGUCGGCAUCUCUUAACAAUAAGUUUGUCACGCAUUUUGUCAUGAACAAUUAACCUCACAGCUUUUUUCCCUAUAAAUGAGCACAUGCUGUCAUAAAUUCAAACAAACUUUAUAUCCCUGUUCAAUCUCAGAGGAAAAUCUUUAAAAAUAAUCUAUCGUUUCUUAAUGCUAAGUCCAUGCCUUAUUAUUUAUACAAUGUUCGGUUUUCAUAAGAUUGCAUUUACAAAUCUAGAAAUAAUUAUCUGAUCUGCUCCAAACCCGAAGAAGAAGAAUUCGGUCGGUAUUGCAGAGAAAAAAUUCUCCUGCUGCAAAGUUGAUGUUAGUUUUGAUCUGUAUGUUAGCUACUCUGGAUUUUCUUAAUUCAAUUCUAUAGUACUAUAAAACGACUCAUGUUUAUUUAACAAUAGACUGCACUUCCUGACAUUCUUGUCCCUAAGUCUCUGACCACCACACAAGGCUCAUCACAAGUCCUCGUCCAUU